GAGUUGCGGAAACGCUGAAGCUUCUUACCGACUCGGACUCACGGUCCUAAAGCCUCUCGGGUACUGAAGCGCACCGGUGACUCAGUUCAGUUCCCAUUCAGCUCGGAAAACAGCUCUUACGUCUUAAUAUUGAAGUUACUGAAUGAUGGCCUCCCCUCAGCCAGGCAGCCCACCUACAGUUGAGCAGAUUACACCAACUCCUGAGACUGAGCCCAGUGAAGAGAGUGAGAACAUAGCUGAGAAACCAACUAAAAGAAGAAACAAAGGGAAACUGUCAAAAUCCCAGAACAUAUUUAAAUGCUUAGUAUGUCACGAAGCAUUUUCCAGCCCAUCAGCCUUACGGAGCCAUAAACUCUCAGCUCAUGGUCAAGACAAGCAGCAACCAUACACCUGUGGGCAAUGCAGCAAGACCUUCUCCAGUCGAGCUCAACUCUCUAAGCAUCAGCGCUCACAUUCGGCUGAGCGUCCAUUCCAAUGCCCUGAGUGCCAUAAAGCAUACAAGACCCACACUGAGUUGCGCAAUCACAGCCGCUCCCACACUGGAGAAAAACCCUUUGUUUGUACUGAAUGUGGCAAGGCAUUUAUGCAGGCCAUCUGCCUGCGCAUUCACAUGACGCAACACAGUGGUGACAGGCCUCAUUCUUGUCCGCAAUGCACUAAGAGCUAUCCUACGCUGUCCAAGCUGAAAGUUCACCAGCGCUCCCACACAGGAGAGAAGCCUUAUUUCUGUGCAGAAUGUGGCAAGAGUUUUGCCGACCCCUCUGUGUACCGCAAGCACCGGCGCAAUCACCAAGGCCACCGGCCAUAUUCCUGCCAGCAGUGUUCCAAGACAUAUACAGAGCUCAAGGAUCUCAAGAACCAUGAGCGUUCUCAUACAGGUGAAAAGCCGUACCUUUGCUCAGACUGUGGCAAGGCCUUUUCACGCUCCUCCUCCUUGGCCUGCCACCUGCGUAUUCACUCCCAGAGCAAGCCAUACCAGUGUGAGCAAUGUGGCAAAGGCUUCACUCAGCUCUCUUCCUACCAAUCCCACCUUCGCACGCACUCAGGUGAGAAGCCCUUUCUAUGUCCACAAUGUGGAAAGAUGUUCUCAGACCCUUCCAGCUUCCGCCGCCACCAGAGGGCACAUCAGGGAUUUAAGCCCUACCCUUGUGACAAGUGUACCAAGAGAUUUCGACAGCCAGCCGAUCUGGCCGUGCAUCAGCGUGUGCAUUCGGGUCAAAGGCCAUACAAAUGCCAAAAUUGCGACAAGGCCUUUGUUGCUUCCUGGGAUCUGCGUCGGCACAUGCUGGUGCACACUGGCCUUCGACCAUUUUCCUGCACCGAUUGUGGCAAGUCCUUUGCAGAGCGCUCCAGUCUUAACAAGCACAGGAGGGUGCAUUCUGGAGAGCGGCCAUUCAAGUGCCAGAUGUGUUUCAAGUCAUUUGUCAUGUCAUCCAGUCUGCGCAAACACGAAAGGACUCACAUACCCGAGAGACCAGUGCGACAAGAACAGGCCCCUGAUUCUGAGCAAGUCGUUCCCCAAAACAGCAGACCACAAUUCUCUUGUGUUCAUUGUGACAUGAUUACCUUUGGAACAUGGGAGGAGGUGCAGGCCCACAACAGCCUCCAUGCAAUCUCUCCUCCAUCAGAUUCCACAGAUAUUCGCAUUGGCCCUUUUAUUUGUGAGACAUGCCAGGCUGAGUUCCCUCAGUUAUCUGAACUCCAGGCACAUGAGAAGGUACACCCCAAGCCACGGCCACAUGUAUGUGAAAGCUGCGGCAAAGGUUUCCUGAACAAAGCUGGAUUACGCAAGCAUCAGCGCAUCCAUUCUAACAGCCGCCCACACUGCUGUGCAGUCUGCGGUAAAUCUUUCCUCUUUGCUGCUUACCUCCGCAAACAUCUGCGUACACACCGUGAAAAUCAGACAUCAUCGCCCCUGCCACAGACAGACAUUACCCACACACAGCCACUGCCAUCCCCACCGAGCUCAGCCUCCCUAAUAAAAUCGGAGCCUGCUACGAUUUCUCUAACUGUGCCUGUCAUCGUACCAGCAACAGCAUUUCAGACAAUGUCAGGACAUGUGUACAAAAACAAAGAUGAGGACAACUGAAAUAAAAAUGUAUUGAACAUGAUUUUCAAUAUUGGGUGGGUGUUUGAUUAAGGUAGCACAAAGUUUUUUGUUUCCUACCUGGUAGGCAUGUGACAGGCCUUACAAAGCACCUGUGUGGGCAAUAGUCCCAGACUGGCAUGCCAUACAAGAAAAGGCAGGUAGUGUUACUGCCUAGGUCUCCAAUGACCCAGGUUUGGAGAAUGUUCUGCCAGAAUAUGUACUGGCUAAUAUAUAUUGCCCCAGGGUGUGAAUGAAUGUGUGAAUGUGUAUAUGCAUGGUGCUUUGCAAUGAACUGGUGUCCUAUACAGGGUAUAUUCACACGCACUGUGAUCCACUGCAAUCAGGAUAAAGCAGUGGCUUAAAAUCAGUGGGUAAACUCACAGAGUGGAUCUUUAGAGAAGAAUGCUGUUGUACCAAACACAGAUACAUACAAGUCUCUUAAUAAUUCCUGCUGCCCCUUCAACUCUUAGCAGGUUUUUCAAAGAUUACUUGGAUUGUUAAGGGUUUUUGGCUUAAUUUAAAGUUUUUGGCUUAAGAUCAGAACUCUGUUGUAAGGUUCAACAUAGAACACUUCACAUGUUUAUUUAAAACAUUUUAAGGGUUGUGUAUGUACCUUUUUUACUGAUUGUAUAAACCAAGAAGUUUUGUAUGAUGACUAGAAAAAGAUGCUGGUUAAACAUGAUUAUUAUUAUUAUUAUUAUUAUUAUUAUUAUUAUUAUUAUUAUUAUUAUUAUUUUAUUAUUAUUAUUAAUACAUAUAACUGUGUAUUUGUGUGGUUGAUCAUUGCUGCUAUAUCAAAUUUUAUAUCAAUCUUUGAUAUACGUGUUUUCCCUGAGGUUUCAUUUUGUUUAAUAGGGUACUGAAAGGGUCAGUAUUUUACAUAAAAGUCAACUUUACAAAAAUGCAUGAAUUUAUUAGGUUAUAGAAAAGACCCGUACAUGUCAAAUCACCUUCCACCACCAGACAAAUGUCAGUUGUCUAUUCUGCAUUCAAUAAAGCAUCUCAAACAA